AUGGCUCUGGCACUGGCAUCCGCCGCCCAGCUGAAACCUGACAUUCGGUUAGCCCAGGCUGUUUCAGAUUUUGAAGCGGACCUUUCAACCGAGCAGAAAGCAACUUUUCGAGAAGAGAAAUCAAGUGUACUCACAUCACCUCCAAAAAUGCAAGAUGUCAUGCGUCUCACCGCCGAGUUUGAUAGAACUUGCGCCAAGGGUGGGCGCUGCUUUGGGCCGAGACUAGUAAACAUGGCACAAGCUGUUCAACAAUUUACUGCCCUAGGUGAUAUAAUCGUUGGAGGAUCACAAAACCUCGUCGCUUGUGGCAUUUGGACGCUGCUGACCACAAAAUCCUCCUAUCUGGAGAGUAUAUCAACCCUUCUUAUGAAUGUCGGUCGAUCUGCUCCUCGCUUUGAGAACUUGGCCCUGUUAUAUCCCCGUUCUCGCGAUUUACGAAUAUCACUCGACGAGUACUUUAUUGUGGUAGUUCAUCUCUGUCAUGAUAUUCUGAAAUUCACAAGAAAAACAAAUUUAGGGAAGGUUGCUUUAUCCCUGUCCGACUCGAAUCUCAAAAAGUACCGCGCAGACCUUGACACUUGGGGGAAUGCAAUCAAGGACGAAGUGGGGGUUUUGUUAGCGACUCAGGUUGGAGACGAAGCUAGGAUGAACCAUCAGUUCAGAGAAAUCUCUGCUAGGUUCUUUAAAGCUACGUCAAAACAACACAGCAAUGAUGCUCGAUGGCGAAUCUUAGAUUUCUGCUCCGAGUUUGAUCAUCUGACAACGUGGAAACAGAUCCGAAAGGCAGGCAAUACGAGUCUCUUUUCUCACUGUCAGAAUUACUUGAUGUGGAGGCAGAGACCAGACUCCAACACGCUCAUCUACUCGGGAAAGCUUGGGGCGGGCAAGUCUGUCAUGCUUGCUAACAUGGUCGAUGAUUUAUGUCUUUGGGCGCGAGAUACGGCAGUUGCAUUCUUUUUCUCGCGUCAUGAUAUUUCUGAAAGCUUGAAAGCCGAGACCAUCAUUGGUUCCAUAGCCCGACAGUUACUGAGCAGGUCUUUUGAUUCAGCUAUGGAACCGGCCAUUCUUGAGCUGUGCGAAAGAAUUGAGAAAAGUACCUCUCUGGACCGAUUUACAAAGAUUCUUCACCUACUCAAAUUGAGUAAUCCCUCUGGUGAGCGAGCAUUUGCACUUAUUGAUGGGUUUGAUGAGCUCGAAGAAACCGAGAGAGACACACUACUUCGGUAUCUCUCUGAACUGCAACAGACGAUUACAAUAUCUAUCUGCAUCACACUUCGUCAUGACCCAAAUUUUCCGUUGAAAAUCAAACCAAGCAUGGGUACUACGAUCACCCCCAUGCCCAAUAAUGCAUGCGAAAUCGAAACAUUUGUUGCACAAGAGUUGAUGAGAUGCGUGGAGUCCAGGAAGCUCGUUGUUCGUGAUAUCACAUUGCUUUCUGACAUACAAAAUGCUCUCCAAACGGACUCGCAAGGGAUGUUUCUCUGGGCAGUUCUUCAAAUAGAGUCUCUGUGCUCUAUGGAAACCGACAACGCAAUUCAUUUGGCGCUUGAGAACCUCCCGAAAGGUCUUCCCGAAACGUUUGAGCGUAUUCUACAAAGGUCAGAGAAGACUGGAUCGUCACCUUCUUACCAGCGGCCGAUACUGGAAUUGCUAUCUGUGGCUCAACGUCCACUCACAGUGGACGAGCUACGUGAAGCGUUAAGUGUGCUUCCUGGUGAUACGAACUGGGACCCUUCACGCCUUCUAAAUAACAUGAUGAAGACUUUGGCAUGUUGCGGAAGUCUUGUGUGUAUUGAUGAAGAGGAAUUGACCCUACGCCUGGUACACCAUAGUGUGAAGCAAUAUCUUCUUGGUGGGCUUGUUCAAUCCCAUAAUGGUCACCUAUCGAAUGGGAAUCACUCAAUAGCUGAGAAGUCCGCUCAUGAUAGAAUGUCCGGCAUCAUUAUCACCUACCUCAAUUAUUCGGUAUUCGAUCGUCAGCUGGUGCGAGGGGGCGUUCCUGAUAUCAAGGCAGGACAAGUCUUAAACAAAGCUAUUCACUUAUCGCAGUUCUCAUCCAAAGCCACUAAUAUUGCUUUGAAGUUCCUUCGGGAUCAUGGAACUCCCGAUUUUAACAUGGCCGGGGUCCUUGCUGAGGCAAAUCGGCUUCGGUUCAAGUCCGAGAAUCAAUUCAAGUUUCGGGACUAUGCAAAUGCCCAUUGGUCAUUUCACGUUGCUCGAUCCCUCCCAUUGGAAAAGACACUGCAUGAUUUGUUUCAAAAACUGUGCCGCCAAGGUAGAGUGCCUCCCAUUAUAAUCGAUGAAGAUGCCACUUUGCUUCUUUUGCGUGCUGUACAAACCGGGUGUGAUGAUGCGAUUAAACACGUUUUGAGUUCAUCCAACGUGCCCGUCAAUUCUCCUUUAGACAGCAAUGGGCGAACAGCACUACACUUGGCUACGAUGGGCUCGUUCAAGGGCACAGUUCUAUGUCUCCUUCAAUCCCAUAAUAUCAAUCUGGCUGCUCGAGAUGUCGACAUGAAAACACCUUUAGUUCUUGCAUUUGAGAGACGGGAUUUUCCCGUGGUGCAAGCCUAUUUGGACUUCAAAUCAGUCUAUAACAAAACCAAUCCUUUAAUCAUUGAGCUUCUACCACAGGCUGUUCAAGUAUUAAAUGCCCAAGACUCUCAAUUUGCCCUCAAGAUCCUACAUUCAGCAGUGAUCAAUGAUGAUGAGGUUCUAGUUGGCAUUUUUGCAUCCAGUCCAGUCGAAAUCACUUCAAAUCCAGAGGUGUGGAGUCUCAUUCACGCAGCAGCAACGCGCGGGAACAGGACAAUCAUUCAACUCAUGUUCGAUCCUGUGAGAACACCCUGCCUCGAUGAUAACACAACACUCAUGUAUGAGCCACUCCAUUUAGUUGCCGAGGCUGGCGAUGAAUAUCUUACCAAGUUCUUCCUUGACUCUGGAAAGAUAAAUGCGAAGUCCCGUGACAGACGUGGCCAGACACCCCUUCACAGAAUCACCAAGCGAUAUAACGGGAGAAGUGAGCAUAUGUUUCUCAAGCACCUCCUCCUCCUGGAGGCACCAGAGGCCGCCAACCAGAAGGACCUUCGUGGCCAGACGCCGUUACACCUAGCUACUCUGAACGGUGACCUAGGAACUGUCCGCCUUUUGUUGCAUUACGGUGCACAUCCUCGGUUGGCCGAUGAUCAAGCAUGUAUACCCCUGCAUUACGCAGUCAAGAACGGCUAUCUCGACGUAGUCCGCUCUCUUAUCUGUUUUGACAAGAUAUCUGUGAAUAGACGUAACUCACAGCGGAGGACUCCUCUACAUAUCGCCACUAUCAAGGGCUUGGUCGGUAUUGUGUCCGAGAUUUUGAAUGUUCCGACUGUAGAAAUCGAAGCCUCGGAUUUGGAGCGUCGUACUCCUUUAUCAUAUGCAAUGGAGCUUCGUCAUGCAUCUAUUGCAAAGUUGCUCUACAACCCCAACAAGGGGAACUAUACUUAG